UAAAACCUAAAAAAAUAACAAGUCGCAGAUACAGAGAGGGUUUCUUCUUCUCUUUCGAAAACAAAAAAAAAAAAAUCAGAUGACAAUCCACGAGAUCUGGUCUUGGAACAAGACAGAAGAGAUGAAUUUGGUGCGGGAAUCUCUAAGAAGCUGUAAUUACAUCUCUGUAGACACCGAGUUUCCCGGGUGUCUGAGAGAGACCGCCAUGGAAGCUAGCGACGAUACUCGAUACCAAAACUUGAGGUUCAAUGUGGACCGAACCAAACCAAUUCAACUGGGUUUCUCUUUAUUCGACAGCGAAGGAGCAAUCAGCGGAACCUGGGAGGUCAAUUUCUCGGACUUCGACGAGACAGAGGAUCCUUGCAACGAGAAAUCCAUCGCCUUCCUCAAGCGCAACGGCCUCGAUUUCCAGAGAAUCAGAGAGGAAGGAGUUGGUAUCAAAGAUUUCUUCGCAGAGUUUACUCAGAUGAUUAAAGACGAAGCCAAGAAGAUGAAUUGGGUUACUUUCGAUGGAUCGUACGAUUUAGGUUAUAUAGUUCAGAGCAUGACCGGACGCGAAAGUCUUCCCGACACAUCACAGGGGUUUCAAGAAACGGUUCAGAAACUUUUAGGGUUAACUUUCGAUGUCAAGAAACUCGCGGGACAGUGCAGAGGACUCAACAGUCGUUUCGGGUUGCAAAGAUUAGCCGACGAGCUUGGCAUCACACGUGUAGGAGAAGCGCAUCAUGCUGGCUCCGACAGCCAACUGACGGCUCGUGUGUUCACUAACAUAAACCUCACCUUGUCUCGUGACCUAAAGCGAAAGCGGGAACACGAGGAUCUGCAACAUCAACGAGAGAUUGUGAGGAUAAGGCGGGAAUGUGACCGAUUGGCACAACAUUUUUUUAUGCAGCAGCAAGUGAUGGAACAAGAGAUUCUUAUGCGAAGAUGUAUGCCAAGAAGAUGUUAUGGACCGGUCCAUCCACCUAGACCGAUUAUGUAUGCUCAUCAUCCAUCUCCAAGUGGCUACUUUGUAGUGCCGGUGGCACCUCAAUUGUCAAACUAUCUGUGAUCGAUGUCAAGGAAUGCAGAAAAGUGAAACAUUCAUCUUUCUUGUCGAUAAUAGUUCAACUACUGUAAUAUAUUAUACCUUUCUUUUAAAUACAAAUAUUAACUUCUCUCA